AUGAAACUUAAUUUAGCUCAGUGGUUUAUCACAGACUACAAAAUUGCCAACGGUAAACUUGUCAAACAAUCAUCAAAAGUCAUCCCGCGCUUCUUCCCUUGUUAUUCUUUAAAUCCAAAAGGAGUGAAUUAUCCCCUAUAUUGUAAAUAUCAGAUUUUGAAGUACAAAUCUUGGAAAAACUCUCAAAACGAUGCAUGGAAUUAUGAAACGUCAUCAGAUACUGCCUUUGUUAAUUGUUGGCUUGAAUUUUUAAAUUCUCCUAAUGCAAGUCGUUAUGUACCAAAUUGGGAAACGCACUUGCAAAAUGUGUUAGAUAAUGUUGUGCAAGAUGAUAAUGCCAACUACGAUGAGAAAUAUGAUUAUGAAAAUUCUCCCCAAGAGGAAUGGAUGAUUUUGUCUAAUUACCAUGAACUUCAAGGUAUGCAUAAGCACCCUGAAAAUUCAUAUAAUUGGCAACUAGAUUCGACAAAGUACGCUGCUGAACAAAUAUCUUCUAUGAAUAAAUGGAUUUCUAACCAAAGGUCUGAUUAUACUGUUGCAGCAAGAUACUAUAAAAUUGAUACAGAGACAUUUAGUGAAAAACGACAACUAGCAUAUGACCUUAUUGUUAACCACCACGGCAGACCAAUUGCCAAAGAAAUUAUUUAA